GCAUUCUGGGUGAAAGCCACGUACCCGGCGAACUGACACGCAAGUGUUGUUAUGUUGGCAUGUUUUCCUGAUUUAAACGUGCAUUAUCAAAUUUGAAAUUCCAUUUUUAUUUCCAUGAAGAAUUUGUGAACUAUCCAUCAAAAUGAAGUUAAAAGAAAUCAAACGCACAGCCAACAUAGCUUGGUCACCACCUGCCCAGCACCCUAUAUACCUGGCAGCUGGCACUGCAGCUCAGCAGUUGGAUGCUACUUUCAGUACAUCUGCUGCGCUGGAGAUAUAUGGUGUCAAUUUUUCAGAGCCAGGGCUGGACAUGCCAUUGGUUGGAAGUCUACAGAGUGAAUACAGGUUCCACAAACUAGCUUGGGGUGGUCAUGGCAUGACAUCCCCUGAGACAGCCUCUGGGUUGCUGGUGGGAGGAGCAGAGAAGGGAAAUGUUCUGGUGUAUAAUCCAGCCAAGCUUAUCAAAAAAGAGGAUCCACUCGUGUUCACAAUGGAUAAGCACUCUGGAAAUGUAGCUGCAUUAGAUUUUAACCCCUUCCAGCAAAACCUAUUGGCAACAGGUGCAAGUGAAUCAGAAAUUUAUAUUUGGGACAUGAACAACCCCACCAACCCUAUGACUCCAGGAGCUAAGUCACAGCCUGCAGAUGAUGUGAAUUGCAUAUCUUGGAAUAAACAAGUCCAGCAUAUUCUAGCUUCUACUUUCUCAGCAAGAUGUGUGGUUUGGGAUUUAAGGAAAAAUGAUCCCAUUAUUAAGAUUAGUGAUAGCAUGUCUAGAAUAAAGAGUAAAAUGGUCAACUGGCACCCUGAUGUGGCCACUCAGAUGUGUUUGUCUUCAGAAGAUGACCAUACUCCAGUCAUACAACUUUGGGACCUGAGAUUUGCAACAUCACCUCUUAAAGUACUAGAGAACCAUCAGAGGGGAAUAUUGUCUAUAGCUUGGUGUCCUCAAGAUGCAGAUUUACUACUUAGUUGUGGUAAAGACAACAGAAUUCUCUGCUGGAAUCCUAAUAGUGAAAUGCCUGGUGGAGAGGUUGUAUGUGAGGUACCAACUCGCAGCCAGUGGUGUUUUGACAUCCAGUGGUGCCCUAGGAACCCUGCAGUGAUCUCCAGUGCCUCCUUUGAUGGACACAUCAACCUAUACUCACUCAUGGGUGGGGAACAGGAAGCUGAACAGAUUGAUGCAGUAGCAGACUCAUUUCCUAGUGACCCAUUUGUACAAGCCCCUCAACAAACAAAACCUGCAAUGACAGUGACAUUAAAGAAACCUCCAAAAUGGCUACGUAGACCUGUUGGUGCAUCAUUUGGGUUUGGUGGAUGUCUUGUAAGCUUUGAAGCAAGCAAGCCCCCUCAGCAACAGCAAGCUCACCAGCCAGUCCAGAGACAAGUUUUUAUAAGCCGAGUUGUCACAGAAAAUGACUUGGUAGCCAGGUCAUCGCAGCUCGAGAGUGCCCUCGGGGCAGGCCAGUUUCAGGAAUUCUGUGCAAUGAAAAUUGCCAACUGCCAAGACCCUAUGGAGGAAAGCAUUUGGAAUUUUAUGAAGGUCAAUUUUGAAAGAGAUCCAAGGAAAAGUUUCUUGAACUUACUUGGAUAUGAUCAAAAUGAACUCUCAAAAAAGGUCAGCUCAGCUGUUGGCACCAGUGCUCUCAGUUCCCAGGAACCUGGAGUUGAUGCUAGUGAACUAGCAGAGAAAAUGUCUGGACUAGGAACAUCGGACGCUGGGGAGGGUGUUACUGCCAAUGGGUCAAAUUCUCCUAAUGUGGAAGCAGAGAAUCUGCCCAAGGUUGAGUCUGACAGUUCUCUGUUUGAGCAGAUAGCAGCACAUGAGCAUGAUUCCAGGCCCCAGUCUCCAUUUACUGUACCCUCUGAUGAUGAUGUGGAUGGCCUGAUUAGCCAGUCUGUGAUCACAGGGAACUUUGAGGCUGCAGUAGAAAUGUGUCUCCAUGACGACCGCAUGGCAGAAGCCAUCUUGCUUGCCAUUUGUGGUGGCCCUGAGCUGCUGGCUAGGACACAGAAGAAGUUCUUUCAUAAAAAUAGAGGCAAUUUGUCUAGGUUAAUCUCAUCAGUAGUGAAUCGAGACUGGACUCAUAUAGUGGAGACAUGUGAACUUAAUAACUGGAAAGAAGCUUUAGCAGUGAUAUUAACUUAUGCUAAACAGGAUGAACUCCCUCUUCUUUGUGAUACUCUUGGUAUUAGACUAGAAAAUGAGCAGCAUGGGAAGUUGUCUGCCUAUGCCAUCUUAUGUUACAUAUGUUCUGGCAAUAUAGACUAUCUAGUAGAAUGCUGGGUCAAACAGACACACAACUCCAAUUCUCCACAGGGACUUCAGGACCUUGUUGAAAAAGUGAUGGUAUUGAGGAAAGCUGUAGAAAACAUCCAAGGUCAACCUCCAGAGGUCCGCAGUGGGGUUCUAACAGAGAAAUUAAGCCUUUAUGCAGAGAUUCUAGCAGCCCAGGGCAGUUUUGCUACUGCUUUAGGCUACUUAGGAAAUUCAAACGAGAUUCCCCACCUGAUCUUACGGGACAGACUGUACAGGGCCCUAGGUCAGGCUAUCCCAGGCAUGGCACAGCCACCUUUCCCAUUCAAGAAGAUUGAAGUCCAUCCUCCAAGGUCUCGGCCUGUUCAACAGCCACAGCAGCCACAGCAGCCAAGCAUGGGUCAACAGGCUACAGCCAGAGGCAUGUUCCAGACAGUGACCACUCCCAGCACAGGUUAUUACAAUGACUAUGGGUCAGGGCAGACCCAGUACUCCAGGGGGAUGAAUGGCCCACUGCCCACCCAGCCCACCUAUAGUGAACCGUACACAGUGUCCCAGGCACCUCCCCUCACACCCCCUACCACAGGGGUACAGCCAGGAACCAGAGCAGGUCCUCUGUCUCAGAGGUAUCCAACCCAGCAGCCCUAUGUGGAACCCACGGCACCCACUUAUAUGCAGCCAGAACCAAAUCCUGGCCACAUGGCAUAUGGGCAACCAGCAUAUAAUUAUGGUGGCUUCCCAGGAGAACAACCAUCAAGCACAUACCAGCAGCCACCUCCAGCUGUCCAAGUUCCACAUCUACCAUCUUACCAAGAAAUGCGGCCAGAAUCUGGUUGGAAUGAUCCUCCUGUAUUAAGUGGCAAGUCUGGUAGAAAAAAGAGUGGUGACCAGGCCUCUGCCCCAGCCCCAAUCCCCAGUAAUCUGUACAACCCAGCAGAGCACGCGGCCAAGCAGCCGGAGCAGGCCCCGCCAACCGGACAGUUCCCUGCAGGAGGGUUUUAUAACCCACAGGACCACCAGCCACCCCCUCAACCACCACAGCAAACUAUGGCUGCCCCUGCUCCUACACCCUCCCAGCCAAUAGAGAAGGGUCCAAUACCUGCUGAGCAUCAGGUUUUACAGGAUAUUUUUAAUGACCUCAAUAACAGAUGCUUAAACAGAGCUACAAAUCCACAAAUGAAAAGAAAACUUGAAGAUGUGCAAAGGAAGCUGGAAGCACUCUAUGAUAAAUUAAGAGCUAAUGCAUUAUCAGAUCACAUAAUACUGGGUCUCCACCAAAUGAUUCAGGCUAUUCAACAGUUUGACUACCCAUCUGGUCUGGCUAUACAUACAAGGGUGGUCAGUGAGUCCAACUUCUCUGAAAUCAGUGCUUUCAUGCCAGGAAUCAAGGAUUUCAGUGAUUUACCUUUGGGGUUUCUCCCUUGGUUUCCUACCAAUACACAUCAUUCAGCUUUGUUUGCACCUGUUUGCUUAGUAAUCAUUCCUUUUGCACAGGACGCUGGGGAGGGUGUUACUGCCAAUGGGUCAAAUUCUCCUAAUGUGGAAGCAGAGAAUCUGCCCAAGGUUGAGUCUGACAGUUCUCUGUUUGAGCAGAUAGCAGCACAUGAGCAUGAUUCCAGGCCCCAGUCUCCAUUUACUGUACCCUCUGAUGAUGAUGUGGAUGGCCUGAUUAGCCAGUCUGUAAUCACAGGGAACUUUGAGGCUGCAGUAGAAAUGUGUCUCCAUGACGACCGCAUGGCAGAAGCCAUCUUGCUUGCCAUUUGUGGUGGCCCCGAGCUGCUGGCUAGGACACAGAAGAAGUUCUUUCAUAAAAAUAGAGGCAAUUUGUCUAGGUUAAUCUCAUCAGUAGUGAAUCGAGACUGGACUCAUAUAGUGGAGACUUGUGAACUUAAUAACUGGAAAGAAGCUUUAGCAGUGAUAUUAACUUAUGCUAAACAGGAUGAACUCCCUCUUCUUUGUGAUACUCUUGGUAUUAGACUAGAAAAUGAGCAGCAUGGGAAGUUGUCUGCCUAUGCCAUCUUAUGUUACAUAUGUUCUGGCAAUAUAGACUAUCUAGUAGAAUGCUGGGUUAAACAGACACACAACUCCAAUUCUCCACAGGGACUUCAGGACCUUGUUGAAAAAGUGAUGGUAUUGAGGAAAGCUGUAGAAAACAUCCAAGGUCAACCUCCAGAGGUCCGCAGUGGGGUUUUAACAGAGAAAUUAAGCCUUUAUGCAGAGAUUCUAGCAGCCCAGGGCAGUUUUGCUACUGCUUUAGGCUACUUAGGAAAUUCAAACGAGAUUCCCCACCUGAUCUUACGGGACAGACUGUACAGGGCCCUAGGUCAGGCUAUCCCAGGCAUGGCACAGCCACCUUUCCCAUUCAAGAAGAUUGAAGUCCAUCCUCCCAGGUCUCGGCCUGUUCAACAGCCACAACAGCCACAGCAGCCAAGCAUGGGUCAACAGGCUACAGCCAGGGGCAUGUUCCAGACAGUGACCACUCCCAGCACAGGUUAUUACAAUGACUAUGGAUCAGGGCAGACCCAGUACUCCAGGGGGAUGAACGGACCCUUACCCACCCAGCCCACCUAUAGUGAACCGUACACAGUGUCCCAGGCACCUCCCCUCACACCCCCUACCACAGGGGUACAGCCAGGAACCAGAGCAGGUCCUCUGUCUCAGAGGUAUCCAACCCAGCAGCCCUAUGUGGAACCCACGGCACCAACUUAUAUGCAGCCAGAACCAAAUCCUGGCCACAUGGCAUAUGGGCAACCAGCAUAUAAUUAUGGUGGCUUCCCAGGAGAACAACCAUCAAGCACAUACCAGCCGCCACCUCCAGCUGUCCAAGUUCCACAUCUACCAUCUUACCAAGAAAUGCGGCCAGAAUCUGGUUGGAAUGAUCCUCCUGUAUUAAGUGGCAAGUCUGGUAGAAAAAAGAGUGGUGACCAGGCCUCUGCCCCAGCCCCAAUCCCCAGUAAUCUGUACAACCCAGCAGAGCACGCGGCCAAGCAGCCGGAGCAGGCCCCGCCAACCGGACAGUUCCCUGCAGGAGGGUUUUAUAACCCACAAGAACACCAACCACCCCCUCAACCACCACAGCAAACUAUGGCUGCCCCUGCUCCUACACCCUCCCAGCCAAUAGAGAAGGGUCCAAUACCUGCUGAGCAUCAGGUUUUACAGGAUAUUUUUAAUGACCUCAAUAACAGAUGCUUAAACAGAGCUACAAAUCCACAAAUGAAAAGAAAACUUGAAGAUGUGCAAAGGAAGCUGGAAGCACUCUAUGAUAAAUUAAGAGCUAAUGCAUUAUCAGAUCACAUAAUACUGGGUCUCCACCAAAUGAUUCAGGCUAUUCAACAGUUUGACUACCCAUCUGGCCUGGCUAUACAUACUAGGGUGGUCAGUGAGUCCAACUUCUCUGAAAUCAGUGCUUUCAUGCCAGGAAUCAAGGUGCUGUUCCAGACUGCACAACACUUGCAAGUGUAUUUACAGUAGAGACUCAAGGAGCGUGGCUUGGCAUAGAUGUAUUGUGCAGGUUAAGAUUGCAAGUCUCACAGCCAGAUUUGGGGGUUUUACCAUCCCUAAAGGAUUAUGUGGGUGUUUAGAAAAAAGUUAGAAAAAAAGUCACAAUUUACCAGAACUGGUUGGUUCAAACUUUGAAAGCAGUGAGAAGAUUCAUGGAAUUCCUCAUUACCUUGUGAAAUAUUAACCAUAUUUAUACUUUUAGCCAAUUCUGCACUGCAGGUAUAGUAUAGUGUAGUGGAACUGACUUUUGAAUACAUUUGUAUUGUAGUUUCCAAAUGCUGUUGUCAUGAAUGUGCUAAGGAGAGUGAAUAAAAGCUAAUAUGCAUUUCAAGCAUAGCUAGCAUGCAUUUUCCUUUCUGGUUUUAAACAGUUCAGCUUUGUUAUAAAAGUAUGUUUCUAACAUUUUGUUAUUUAAGUGUUUAAUGAGGAGAAAAGACAAAAUUCAUCUAUAAAUUAUAUAUAUUCAAAUCGCUUGUAAUUUAUACAUGCAGGAU